UUUAUCUGCUACCUAAACUGAAGCUAAACUAGCUUCACAUUGCCCUCAUAAUGGUCUUUUCGCAGUUCUAAUGAAAAGGAUCGAAUCUGCAUUCUUGCAAAAGUAUUUUACCGUAUUCUCUUCGUGUAAAUACGAGUGUAAAUCAUGAGUGAUAUGUCCGGUACCAAAGCGAUGUUGACAUUUUUCACUUGUCUACUGCUGCUGAAUAUCUCGUGGGGAAGUGUUUCGUCCAACGCUGCACAUCUAUCAAACUCUGAGAUAAAACGAGUGCGUCGAGCAACCGGUCCACCCGUGAUAUCAACUCCACCUAUUUUACAGAUAACAGGAAAUGUAUCAGUUGCAGAGUUUCAGAUCGUCACAACUGGGGAUGUCGUCACCUUCACAUUCGAUGCGUCUAAGAAUACGACAUCAAAUUUCGGCACGACCAUAUUGACCAGUGAUGGAAAUGUUACGUACACAGUAGCGACCGGUUGUGCUAAUUGCACUGGGCAGGAUAUGAUCUACUUCUGUGUUCUGGACUCCAACACGACUUCUUCACACAACACAACGUGUGCGUCUUUGACAGUAAUCCUAACCGAUUGGCAGAGUGCACAGUCUGUCCAAUUUCUGUACCUCACGACCACCACUACCACCACGACCACCACUACAACAGCCACGCCAACCAUCGCCCCAGUGGGCCUAAAACUUUGGGAAAUCGUAGCCAUCACAGCAGGAUGCGCAGUGUUCCUCACCAUCAUAGCAAUUGUCGCCAUCUGUUGCUGCGUCGGGCGGAAGAAACCAAUAGUGCCAACGGAGCCAACCCCAGAGCCGGAACAAGAAAUCCGUCGACCAAAACCUGCAGAAAAGCCCGAGAAGCGAGAGUGGGAAGACGAGGACCUAGACGAACUGGAUGAAGAUGAUGCGGCGCCAUCUGUCGCCACGGACACUUACUAUGAUAGGCAGCGCCCCCUUCACUUAAUGAUCCCUGAAGAGGCGGUGACAGUAGGAGCACUUGGGGCAGUAGCAGCUUCGCGAUCGCCAAUAGCCUUCCCGAAUCGACAGCGGCGAGUCAGUACCACCAGUCUUACCACAGACGACAGGCUGUUCAACCAACGAUUCAAACAAAUGGGAUGGGAAGACAUUAGUAUACCAAGACCAAACUACGUCUUCAAGAAACAAUGACAAUGCGUGGCGUUUGGUAACCUCUCUCGCAUGUGGAUUUUCUAUUGAUAA